AUGUUCAAUAGCAGCACCAGCAGCAAACUAGUUGCGACAAAGGGAAACACCUCAAGAGCAAGACGGGAUCGACGAACCACCCGCAUAAUAACAAUACUCUCUGUUUCAGCAGGAACCGUAGCAAUAAUUCUCUUGUUAUGUUGGCGGCUGGGAGUUGUGUCCACAAGAUCUUCGAGCAAGAGCAAUGGAACGAUUCGUGGCAAUUCUGCAAGUAGAGCGUCUUAUGAUGAUUACUUUCAACCCCAAGAAUGCGCGGUUGGACUAUGGAACCAAGAUACCCAUACUCUGGAAGUGAACCCCAACUGUCCUGCUUCUCAGAAACUUUUGAAUAUGAAACCUCCACCGACCGACAAGACGCUAACCUUCUUUUUGAUUUAUUUCAAUGACCAUCAUCAUUUGGCACAUCAGCUCAAAUCAUGGAUCAGCUAUGGACAAAAUGUUUUGGAUCAAAUACAAUUUGUCAUUGUGGACGACUCCAGCGCACCGGGUCACACGGCCGCUGAGUUUCUGCAGGCCAAUAUCAAUCAUAACGAUUCCCAAACAAUAAGAACACCAUUGGAUAUUGUGAUUUACAAAAUUGAUCAAAACUUAAUGUGGAAUAUUGGAGGAGCUCGCAACUUGGGAUUCUGGAUGGCCAAUACACCGUGGGUAUUCAUGAGCGAUACGGAUACCCAAGUGGCUCCAGAAACAAUGAAGUAUAUAUUGGAAAAGGUCUCAUCAUCGGCAGCAAUAACAGAUACUUCGUCACCUGCUGUCUAUACCUUUUUUCAGCGACAACGAGAUUCUGGAUUCAAGCCACAUCCUGCUGUCAUGUUGAUUCGAAAGCAGGAUUAUUGGAAAGUAGGAGGCUGUGACGAAGACUUUGUGGGUUCCUAUGGAUGGACGGAUCCCCACUUUCGAUACAAAGUGCAAGAGGAUCCUACCUUGCAUGCCAUCAAGGCCCACACGGAAAUGGAUGAAUUGGGGAUCACGCCCUUGCGUGAAAUGAAUGAUGACAUUGAAUGUCCCAACGGCAUUGUCUGUCUUGAAAAGUUCCAUGGAGAAAAGGCCCCAAAAGAGCCCGAAAAGAAUGAAGCCAAGUUUAAGAGAAAGAGUCAAGAAGGUAAAUGGUCCAACGAAGUAUUAAGGUAUACCUGGAAGAGAGUAAAGUGGCAACAAAAUUCAUGGUGGGACUUUUUGCUUUGGUGGUCAUAG